UCUGUAAUUUAAAAAAUUUAUUUAAACCAAAUAUUCAAAUUUAAAUCUCCAAUUUCUUAUUAUCAAUUAUCGCCACCAUUUAUUAAUAUCCAACACUAUUUUUUAAAAAAUAGUUCUAAAAAUCUAUAAAUUUUUAUAUUCAAUCAAUAAUUUUAUUAAUAUUUAAAAAUGUGUUCAUGUAUUGCCAUAAUGUGUUCAAACGGCUGUCACUGUGGUGGUAACUGUUAAAAAAAUAGUGCAAUUAUCAAAGUAAUUAAUAAAAAAAAAAACUUUAAGUGACUUAUAAACUUUAUAAAAAAACAAUAGGAAUGAUAAUCAAAAGAAAAUUUAAAAAUACCAAUAAAUUUAAAAACUAUAGUAUGGGAAUUAAAAGAGAAAUUAACAAGAAUUUAAUAAAAAAACAGAGUAUACAUUUUCACAUGGCUAAAAAGAGAAUAAUGACCUCGAAAGACAAUGAAAAAACAAAGUUACAUUUAAACUUUAUUUUAAAUAUUUAAAAAAGUAUCAUAUUUUAAAAUAAUUAUUAUUAUUAUUUAAAUAAUUUAUAAUGUUAAUAUUAUGAUAAAUUGUAUUGGAUUAAAAUGAUAGAUUAUUGAUACAUAAAAUGAGUAUCACACGUGUCUAGAGACAAGAGGAAAUAAGUGGGAGAAGAAAAUAACAGGAGAAUAGUUAUACUUAUAAUAUGUAUAAUAAAUAUAAGAACAAGUAUAGUAGAGCAAAGUAGUAGCUCUUUGGAUUCAACGUGUUCUAUCUGCAGGAAAAAAAUAUAAUAAAAGAUACCGAGGACUGAGAACAGGGGAAGCUUUUAAAGCUCAUCAGCAGUCAUCAGUCAUCAUUACUCCGUUAACUCUGUUGAGUAUCAGCCUCUUGAUAAAUAUCACACUCGAUAUAAAUAUUAAUUUGAAUGGAUAUCAGUAUUAUUAAAUUGGCGGGAAAAAUAUUUAUUUAAAUAAAUUAUUUAUUUUGUUUUUUAAAAAUUUUUAUUUCCACUAUGGAUUGAUUUCUUGAUGAAUUUAAAUUUAAAUUUAAAUACAAAAGACCGCGAGAAUUUGAAACAAAGAGAAACAAUAGGAUCAUUUGUUUAGUCAUAUUAUUUAUAUUUAUUUAAUUACACACAGUACUGUGUGUAAUUGGAUUUGAAGUUUUACUUUAUUACUGGUACUCAUUGUAAGAAGAAAAUAAAAAGAAAGUAGAGAUGGCGGAUAUAAAUGGACUAUGGAUCUUCGGAUAUGGAUCACUUUGUUGGAACCCAGGUUUUGAAUUUAACAGAAGUAUUACUGGUUGUAUAAAAGGAUUUGAACGCAAAUUUUGGCAAGGCAAUGCUACACAUCGCGGUACCAAGGAAAAGCCGGGUCGAGUUGUCACACUCGUUGAAAACAAACAGGAAAUAACAUACGGAAGAGCAUUUGAAGUAAAAGGCGAUGCAGCACUGCCGUAUCUUAAUAACCGGGAAUGUAAAUUAGGCGGUUACUUGACAACAAUAACAACAUUUUAUUCACGUGAUAAAAAAUUAAGUUUUCCUGUUGUUAUUUAUAUUGCUACUAAUGACAACGAGCACUGGCUUGGUGACGCACCUUUAAAAGACAUCGCAGAACAAAUAUUUAAUUCCAAAGGUCCUAGUGGCCAUAAUGUUGAAUAUCUUCUCAGAUUAGCCAAUUUCAUGCAUCGCUGUAUACCCGAAGCAUAUGACGAUCAUUUAUUUACACUAGAAACGUUGGUACGAUCUAAAAUAAAGAGUAAUAACUUGUGCUUACAUACUUUAAUGGGCCACCGUGAAUUCUCCAUUGAAUUAGAAUCAUCCGACUUGGAAAUAGGAGAGAGUAAUGAUGAUGAUGACGAUAAUAAUUUUAAUGGAAAUAAUGAAGCUCCGGUUAAUUCUUUUCAAUAUACAUCACGUAUUCCUGUCAAGACGCUGCGUUGUCUGAAACCAUAAUGAAUUUUUAUAUUAAUCAGCUUUUUAUUCAAAAUAUUUUUUAUAAUCAAUAAUCAAUAAUCGAUAAUGUAUUAAUAAGAAAAUCAAAUCUAAUAUGCUUGACAAGGUUCCAUACUCAACCACAAUUUAAUAGCUUUAUUUUUUUUAUAAUUAAU